GACAAUGCGCAGGGUGCACGGAGAGCGCGUGGAAUGAGAUAAACGCACAAGACGACGAGCGUCUCAGAAUCUUGUACAUGCAAACGCGUCUCUGCGGGAGCUGCUUUGCUUCACGUUGCAAAAAGCCGAACCUGCAGCUCGGGCUUGAGCUGUUUCGCGCCCGUGACGAUUCCGCUGACGCGCCAGUAGCCGCACCACCCAGGAGACAGAGCUGAGCUGCUGUGCGCGGCGGAGCGAGUGGAAAACGCGUCUUUCUCCCUCUCUCUCUCUCUCUCUCUCUCUCUCUCUUCCUCUUUCUCUUUCUCUUUCCUUCCUCCGUGAGUGGACCGAAGCUGUUCUCCUGCAAGUCCCGUGUACCACACUCAACGACCCGCAGCAUUUCACCAGAGACAGCAUCAUCCAGGUUCCGCUGCAGAGAUGGAGGUACCAGGCUUGGCGCACAACAUCACCAGUCCGUUAAGUCCCUGCGAGGGGAUGAUCAAGGACCUGAGCCUAGACGCCAUACAGUUGUGCGAGCGAGAUGGGAGUAAAUCCCAGGACGGCAGCAUCUCGGAGAUGGAGGAGCUUCCUGUUCCCCAGAACAUCAAGAUCAGCAACAUCACCUGCGACUCCUUCAAGAUCUGCUGGGACAUGGAGCCUCGCAGCAAGGAGCGCAUCACACACUACUUCAUUGACCUGAACAAGAAGGAGAACAAGAACUCAAACAAGUUCAAGCACAAGGAUGUUCCGACCAAGCUGGUGGCCAAAGCCGUGCCUCUGCCCAUGACGGUUCGGGGCCACUGGUUCCUCAGCCCACGCACCGAGUACACCGUGGCCGUCCAGACCGCCUCAAAACAGACCGACGGGGACUACGCCGUCUCCGAGUGGAGUGAGAUCAUCGAGUUCUGCACCGCCGAUUAUUCCACAGUGCAUCUAAACCAGCUGCUGGAGAAGGCAGAGGCCAUCGCUGGCCGGAUGCUGCCUUUCUGUGUCUUCUACAGGAACCAGAAUAAAGAAUAUUUUGACCAUGCCAGGGAGGAGCAGGAGAACCGAAUGCUGCCGUCAGUGAAGGACAACAGUGGCAGCCACGGCUCACCCAUCAGUGGAAAGCUGGAGGGGCUUUUCUUCAGCUGCAACACAGAGUUCAACACAGGCAAACCACCGCAGGACUCCCCGUACGGUCGCCACCGCUUCGAGGUCCGGGCUGACGCGCUCUUCAACCCAGACACCAACCUGUACUUUGGGGAUUUCUACUGCAUGUACACAGCCUACCACUUCGUUAUUCUGGUCCUAGCGCCGAAGGGCUCCAGAGGAGAUGACUUCUGCAAGCAGCGUCUUCCUUUGCUCGACAUCGGCAACAACCCUUUCCUCACCUGCAAGCAGAUUGAGGAGGGCGAUGGCGGUCUGCUGUUUCAUCACGCCCAGGACGUCAUACUGGAGGUCAUCUACACGGAGCCCGUGGACCUGGCGUCGGGCACUGUGGCCGAGAUCAGCGGGCACCAGCUGAUGAGUAUGUCCACGGUAAAUGCCAAGAAGGACCCGAGCUGCAAGACCUGCAACAUCAGUGUGGGACGCUAAGAAACAGCAGAUUGUAGGAGAGCAAGGGAAGGACUCGGAGGUGAGCGACCUCCACACACAGGAAGUCCACGUGUACUGAUGAAGCAGACCAACACAUGCAUGAAGCAGCAGAUUUAGUAGACUCCCAGACAUGCACACCGACAUAUCUCUGACACCGCUCUGUACUCCGAAGAGACCGACAGUCCCAAAGAAGAAUGGAGGAAAAUAGAGGAAGGUACUCACACUUUGACACCUGCACCAUUGUCUCCCUCAUCUUUAAAGGGUCGAAAACAUACAUUAGAACACACCUGAAGAUGUCCACGCAAGGGACCACCAGCCGAGACACCACCACAGACUCAUCCAUCCAUCCUGCAAGUCAACUCUGGCGUACUGACCAAACCCUUUAACUCUACU